AUGGCGAGCCUGGUCCCCGCCGCCGCCUCGUCCCCUGCCGGCGCCGCGUCCCGCGGCAAGAAACGCCCGGCGAGCCCGGGCACCGGCCCCGCCAAGAAAAAGAAGGCGACGGCGCCUGGCAGCUCGCAGAGUGCAGGUGGAGAGGCUGUGAGCGAAAAUAAAUUUCUGAACACAGACUCCAACUCAGGAUCAGUGGAAACUACUGCCAAGCCGUUACCAUUUAAAGACCCAAACUUCGUCCACUCUGGCAUUGGUGGAGCAGCAGCUGGCAAGAAGAACAGAACGUGGAAGAACCUAAAACAAAUUCUUGCUUCUGAAAGGGCAUUGCCAUGGCAACUAAAUGAUCCUAGCUAUUUUAAUAUUGAUGCUCCUCCUUCCUUUAAACCUGCUAAGAAAUACUCAGACAUCUCAGGACUUCCAGCAAAUUACACAGAUCCACAGAGCAAGCUAAGAUUUAGUACUAUUGAAGAAUUUGCCUAUAUUCGGAUGCUCCCUUCAGAUGUGGUUACGGGAUACCUGGCUCUAAGGAAAGCAACAAGUAUUGUUUCCUGAACAGACUAAAUAUUCUUGUAUAUCACAGUGCUCAUUUGGAGUAUCAUGAUGGAAUUGACUGUGGGACUAAGAUACUUUAAAACUAUCCAUGGAUUUUUACAUCUGGAAGUAGUUGAUGCAUUGAAGAACACAUGGAUUUAAUUUUCAUAAAUGCUGAUAUUUGUUAGUUUGCCAAUUUGUUAGCAAUUUAGUUUGGUGAAGAGAAUAACUUAGACCUUAAGGAUAUGUAUCUGUACUAUAAUGUCUCAUUUAUAUUAAUUUAUAAGACAGGAUUUCAUCUCCACCCUGUAUAUUUUAUGCAUUAUCCUGGCUUAGAAGAAACUGUCAUUUGAAUUUAGGAAAAGGUAACAAGAUAUCCAAAUGUCUAAACCUGCCUUAUCAAAUGUGCUUGCUACUUGGCUAUGAAGUUUGUCGCAUUUGUAAAACAAAGCUAAAAUAGCUAGCAAGUGCUGUUGUUGUGAUGACUUUGCAGGCCAUCACUGUGACACUGUGGUACUGUGGAAAUGAAGACACAAAUGUUUGUGUUGAAUUAACUGCCAACAUAAAUAAAGUUGGACUCAAACGUGCUUGUAAAAUACAUUGCUUGUUACAUGUUCAUCAGUGAACAUGUGUAACAGGUCCAAUCAAUUCACCAUAUAACUCUUAAUCAUGACACUUUGCAGUUUUUGACUGCUUCAUUUGACAACCUGACUAUUCUUCUAACAUUUCUAAUGCUUACAGUAUUUGUACUAAUUAGAAUGAAGAAAGUGCUAAUUCCCCAGUCUUUUUAAAAAGAUGGUAAAAAGCAGGAGUUCCACUCUCCAUUGGCAUUCUGACAUACAGAUGCCUUGCCUUCAGCAAGGCAAGACCUUCUACCUUAGAACACUAAACUUAGCACAAUGAGACACCAAAAGAAUACUUGAGAGCAAUGAAACAUUGUCAUUCUUUAGAAGAAGGAGACUGAAAGAGAGUUUAGACUCUUGCUGGGGGGUGGCUGACAGGUGCAUGCCAACACGCCAGGGUAAGAAUGACCAUGACUUCCUGAAACUAAGUCUAGGGGCAAAAGGGCAGAGGGUUUUCUGCCCAUUCUUUCUUUCUGUCCUUUUUCUUAUGACAAGCUACUGUCUUCCCACUUCUGAGUCUUUGUCCCAACCUUAAACUCUCGCUAGGUUGUAAUGUGGACUCCAAGUUCAGGCUCAGCUGUUCCCAGUCCCCAGUCACACAGCUUUCACUCCCACACUCCCAUCAACAGUCCUGUAGUGGUGGCACUACAGGUGGCUGCUACACAAGUUACUACCUGCUGUGGGAAUGCUCUUUUCCCAGGUGCAAAGCUGCCAAGUGGAACACUUGUGCCAUAGUUUGUUAGUCCUGGACUCCCCAGAUUGCUGGGGAGGUGAGGUGCUGAUCAGGAGACAGAACUCCUGACUCGGCAUGCUCCACUGUGGACAUCAGGAUUUUAUGCAAGGCACACCCUUCUCUUUGCCUGCACAAGCAGCACACAGCAGUGACUAUUCAGUGUCUGUGUUUUGAAUGCAUAUUUCUAUAGACAUGAUAAUAAUUAACAUGAUUUUUUCAGAUUGAAAGAAUAAAUAUCCAGAUGUUAUUAAUGCUAGUUUAAUUUCAACUCCAAAACAGGAAAAAUAAUAAUGGGAUACAUUGUAUAAUGAAAGUUGUGGGACGCAUUCCUCAGUUUUUGUGAUCUAAUAUUGCCAAAAUCAAAUUCUAAAAGUCUUUGACAUGUUUACAAUAGAUCCUUCAAAGCGCUAGAUAUCUGAUAACGCCAUAACUGUAUCACAGUACAAAAAAUAAUGAAACAUGAUAUCUCUCUGCA